AUGAAACUUAUCCGCCUCAUCACAACUCUAGGUCUCGUUGUCAUUGCGGCAGCAUCGACACUGACGCCACCCGUUUUGCCUCUCAUCGUGCGGAACCCGUAUCUCAGCACAUGGCUGUCUAGUGCUCGCAAGAACCCUUGGGAGCAAUGGCCCAUCUUCUGGACUGGACAGAGCAUCGGCUUUUCUGUCAUGGCCUCGGUGCCCGCUACCAACUCGGUUUAUCCUCUGUUGGGCAGACCUCACGACUCCCUUUCGCGAGAAGACAAGAGAUUCCAGGUGUCGAAACCCGAGUAUCUGGGUGCUUCUUUUGAUGCUUCUACAACCAAUCUCACAUACCUGCUUCCGGGGCCGGCGCACAAAGACAGCUGGGGUGCGAGCCAUCGAGAGACGCUGCAGUUGACACUCUCGUUUCUCUCGCCCAUAACUCCCACCUCAACGUUUCGGCAGUCGAUACCAGCAGCGUAUCUGAGCGUCAUCGUUGAGGGCGACUUUGAUGUGGACAUCUACGUUGAUCUGAACGGCGAGUGGGUUAGUGGCGACCGGGGCAGCCACAUCAAGUGGGAGCUUAACGAGUCUGGCCGUAGUGCUGAGACCGACGCAGACACGUCUUCGCCGUCUGCACCGCCAAUCAAGACGUGGAAGGUUGUGCGCGAGGUGGAGCAACUGUUCACCGAGUUCGCCGACCGCGCAGAAUGGGGGACGCUCUAUUUCUCUGCGCCGGCGUCUGUGCGGCACGAAAGCGGAGUGUCAGCCGGCAUCCGCUCCGAGUUUGCGCGUACCGGCAUGUUGGGCAAUUCCAACGACAACAGCUUCCGCCGUAUCAUGGAGGACGAGCCGGUCUUUGCUUUUGCCAAGUCGUUUCGCCUGCAAGAAAACAAGACGACAACAGACAGCGUCUUGUUCACCUUUGCGCUGGUCCAGAAUCCCAUCGUUCAGUAUGCCUCAGCUCGUGGCCUCACGUACAUGCGGCCGCUCUGGGCCAGCUACCUGGCUACGCCAGACGCUUUAAUCCAGUACCACUACGGCGACUUUCAGACCGCGUCGAAGCUUGCCCGUCGCUACUCGGAACAGCUAUCCAAGGACGCCUUCGAGUCCGGGUCCAAGGAGUAUGAGGAGAUCGCAUCGCUGUCAGCGCGCCAGGUGCUGGGCGCCACCGAAUUUUCUGGCACGCCCGACAACCCGCUCCUCUUCCUCAAGGAGAUCUCGUCCAACGGCAACAGCCAGACAGUCGACGUCAUCUUCCCGGCCUUUCCCUUUUUUCUCUAUACGAACCCACAGUGGCUCGCCUAUCUACUGGAGCCGUUGCUAGAGCACCAGCUGAGUGGACAGUAUCCGAACGACUACAGCAUGCAUGACCUUGGCUACCACUUCCCCAACGAGACGGGCCACGACGAUGGGAACGACGAAUACAUGCCUGUGGAGGAGUGUGGAAAUAUGCUCAUCAUGGGACUGGCGCUGAUCAACGCCUUCAAGUACGACACUACGCCGGCCUUUGGGCACAGCGGCUCAGCCGAAGCUGCCACAGACAUGGCUGGUGCCGCUAUGUUUGCCCUGAAUGAGUCGCAGGCAGUUUUGAUGGACGCGUGCGGCCUCGAUCGGCCGUGGGGUAUGGACAACGACGCGUCGACGGGAGAAGUCACGAUGACAGGCUCGAAACAGGCAAAAGAAUGGGCAGCACGAUCGUAUAAGCUAUGGAAGCAGUGGACAGGAUAUUUGGUGCGGGAGUCGCUUGUUCCGCGCUGGCAGCUGUCCACAGAUGACUUUGCUGGCUGGCUGGCAUACCAGACCAACUUGGCGCUCAAGGGCAUCAUCGGCAUCCGGGCGAUGAGCGACAUUGCCGACCUUCUCGGCGAGAACGAAGACGCAAAGCACUACCGCAACAUCUCGGACACCUACGUGACUAAAUGGAUUGAAUACGGCAUCUCACGCGAUGGCUCCCACGCGAAAUUGGCAUACGACUGGUAUGGGUCGUGGACGACGCUGUACAACCUGUUUGCAGACUCACUGCUGUGCUUCCACAUCCCAGAAGAGAACAGCAGCAGCAUCGGCAGUCCCAUACACAGCUCUGUGUUCAUACCUGACCGCAUCUACAAGGCCCAGAGUGACUGGUACCACAAUGUCCUGCAACGCUACGGGCUGCCGCUCGACAGCCGGCACCUCUACACGAAGAGCGACUGGGAGUUUUUUGCAGCCGCCAUCACGAGCCGGUCGACGCGCGCUGAAAUCCUCGCAAGUGUCGCGCGCUGGCUCAACGAGACCGACACGGACAUGCCCUUCACCGACCUCUACGACACGGAGGGCACCGGCGGCUACCCGCCUGGCCUAACUUUCAAGGCACGUCCUGUCGUCGGCGGUCACUUCUCUUUCCUCGCUCUGGAACGAGCAUGCGGCGGCAAGGCCAUGCAGGCGCUCGACUAUCUGAAUGCGGACUCGAAACCACCACAGCUGGACGUCCAGGCGUUGUUGGACGCGGAACGGGAGCCAUUUUUGGAGGUACCCGAGGACGAAGAGGAACAACAGGUUGACGAGCUCUAA